AGAUCUUCAUGAUUGCCUUGUCAAGUUACUACCUCUUUGAGCUACCACUAGUAUGGGCAAUUAUGCUGGGAUUUGUGACGGCAGCAGUUUCUGCUGCUAUCAUUGUGCCCGAAAUGAUCAAGCUUCAAGAAGCUGGCAAAGGAGUCGACAAAGGAAAUUCAGAUGAUGUGCUCGCACUUUCAGGAUUCAGUGUGCUGAUCGGGCUCGCCUUUAGCGAUUCAACCAAAACUGAAAAUGGCUCAACUGGUCAGUUGAUUUGGUCUUUUGCAAAGGGGCCCGUUGAAGCUGUAUCCGGUGUUGCAUUAGGUGUCGUUUUCGGUGUCAUAUUCUGGCAUAUACCUCACACAGCGCCUAAAGAAGACAAACAAGUUAGCACUGCCACUGACAAAUACAACCUCCAUCGCCUUGUCCUUUUCAUAGCAGUGGGCAUUUUUAUGCUCUUUGGAAGCGAACACCUCAACAUGAGUGGUGCCGGGCCACUGGCCUGUUUGGUGUUGUCUUUUGUGGCCGCUCUGCGAUGGCGCCCAGCUGGCCUAGUCGACUACCAGGAGGAGAACCUGAAAAUGUCGUGGCAAGUGCUAGAGCCAAUGCUCUACGCUCUUAUCGGCUCUGAUGUUCGUUUGCGUGACCUGCAACCGGAAAUGCUACUCUACGGUAUUGUUUGCUUACUAUCGGCGAUGCUGUUGCGAACAAUCGCUUCCUUUGGUUUUACCUUCAACAUAGGCUGCAGUUUUAAAGAGAAACUGUUCAUCGCUAUAGCGUGGCUACCCAAAGCUACCGUUCAGGCGGCUAUUGGCCCAGUUCCCCUUGACCAUGCCAAAAAUGAAACGGACAUUCACCGUGGUAAAAUAGUCCUCACUGUCGCCGUUCUCAGCAUUGUUUGUACAGCCCCAAUUGGCGCACUAGCAAUUCAGUUCUUUUCAAAGAUUCUUCUAAAAGAUGAAAAGAAGAAAAAAGAAGAAGUAGAAACUGCAGUGUCAAGUAACAUUGAGAUGGCGGAAAUAACUGAUGAAGGCUAA